GCAACCACCAGGCAGGCGCUCUCGCGACCACUGCACCACCACCUGCCUGCACCAACAACCUCGAGAGGACCAACCUCUCAACAACCCAUCAACCCAUCCAUCAUCCCAAAAACAGCAAAAAUGGCCAAGUCAUCCAAGGUUGCUGCCCCCAAGGUCGAGAAGGCCGACAAGAAGUCCAAGAAGGUCGAGGCCGUCGCCCCCAAGGUCGAGAAGAAGGAGAAGAAGGAGAAGAAGUCCAAGAAGGCUCCUACCCCCCCUCCCGAGUCCGAGUCGUCGUCGUCCGAGUCCGAGUCUGACUCCGAGUCUGACUCUGACUCUUCUUCCGACGACGAGGAGGCCAAGCCUGCCGCUGCCGCCAAGAAGGAGGAGUCUUCCGACUCGUCCGACUCUGACUCUGACUCGUCUGACGACGAGGAGGAGGCCAAGCCCGCCGCCGCGGCCGCCAAGAAGGCCGAGUCUUCGUCCGACUCUGACUCCGAGUCCGAGUCCGAGGACAAGAAGGACGGCUCCGACUCUGACUCUUCGUCCGACUCUGACUCUGACGACGAGGAGGAGGAGAAGCCCGCCGCCGCCGCCACCAACGGCAAGCGCAAGGCCGAGGAGGAGCCCGAGACCGAGGUCACUGAGAAGAAGGCCAAGGUCGAGGACUCUGAAGCCUCCACCAACGUCUUCGUCGGCGGUCUCUCGUGGAACAUUGACAACGACUGGCUCGCCUCCGAGUUCGAGUCGUGCGGCAAGGUCGUCGGCGCCCGUGUCAUGAUCGACCGUGACUCUGGCCGCUCGCGCGGUUUCGGCUACGUCGAGUUCGAGGACGAGGCUUCGGCCACCAAGGCUCUCGAGUUUGACGGCAAGGAGAUUGACGGCCGCCAGGUCAAGGUCAACUUUGCCCAGAAGCGCGAGCCCAACACCCAGGCCCGCGCCAAGGCCUUCAACGACAAGCUCUCCGAGCCCGCCGCCACCCUCUGGGUCGGCUCGCUCUCGUUCGACAUCACCGAGGACGCCGUCUACGAGGCCUUUGGCGAGCACGGUGACGUCCAGUCGGUCCGUCUCCCCACCGACCGCGAGACCGGUGCCCCCAAGGGCUUCGGCUACGUCCAGUUCGCCGAGGUCGAGCAGGCUACUGCCGCCCUCAACGCCCUCAACGGCCAGGAGCUCGCCGGCCGCAGGCUGCGCGUCGACUACGCUCCCCCCAAGCCCGACAACGGCUUUGGCGGUGACCGCAACGGCGGUGGCCGUGGUGGCGGACGCGGCGGCUUUGGCGGCCGUGGCGGUGGCCGUGGCGGCUUUGGCGGUGACCGUGGUGGUGGCCGUGGCGGUGGCCGUGGUGGCUUUGGCGGCCGCGGCGGUGGACGCGGUGGUGGCCGUGGUGGCUUCGCCCCUCGCGGCGGCGCCCGUACCGGCGGCAUUGUUCAGUCUCAAGGCUCCAAGGUUUCCUUUGACUAGAUACCUCGAUACCCCUCUACUCCUAUCUGAAUAGAUUCAUGUAUGCAUUUGCCUAGCGGA